AUGGACUCCUCUCCCUCCGCGUCUGGCAAGGCGCAGGUGCCGGAGCCCUCGCUACCGUUGCCGCCCAAGACCAGCCUCAAGCGGCCUGCUCCGUCUUUACUUCCCCCUUUUGAGCCACUCUCUUCCUCGCCUGGCUUUCCGCGGCCCCCGAAACGCCAGGCUACCUCCAAUGCGUACCUCAAAUAUCCCACGCCCAUCCCGACGUCGAGUACCGGCAUCCUCUCGUCGAGUCCGCCACGCGUCGCUCCACGGCACAUGCUACCACGGACACUGUCGAUCGUGUCCGAACGUGCCCCUCUUUCUGAUAUCCGAUCAGUUGAACUGGACGAGAGUGGCGAGACGCUCCUCAUGGGAAGGUCCAGUAAUUCCUCGCAUUAUCAACUCUCGGCAAACCGCCUGAUCAGCCGCGUCCACGUCAGGGCGCGCUAUAUCCCUGCCGUAGACGCGCUCGACCCCAACAAGAUCGAGAUUGUCUGCGAGGGAUGGAACGGCCUGAAGGUGCAGUGCCAGGGCGAGACGUGGGAACUUGCCAAGGAAGACAUGUUCACGUCUGAGACGGAGGGUGCCGAGCUCAUUAUCGACGUACAAGACGCGAGAGUUCUUCUGCAGUGGCCAAGACGAGACAGGGACCGGGAUGCGCUAGGCAACAUCAGCGACUCGUCAUGGGAUGACUCUCCGCGUCCGAGAGUUGAACGAAGCAGUGGUGCCCCCGACGUGUUGCACGGCAGCCCACUAAGGCGGACCGCGCGAAUAGCGAGCCCCGAGUCGCCGACACCAGCUAAUGUCUCGGCCUCUAGCGCUAACCUGCUGCAUCUGAUGCCCGACGACCUUGAUUUGAACGCCCCCGUGCAGAUAUAUGAGGACGCUAGCGGGGACGAGCAGGAGUUGCCGAAACUGACAGGCGCCGCCAACGUGGAGGCCAGUUUCAUGACACAGAUCGCCGAGAGUUUCUCUAGCGAGCUGAGCGAUCCUCUGUCGGACGAUGAGAACGAUCCCGACGAAGAGAACGAUCCCAUUGUGCACUCGUUCGGGCCGUUUGGUGCUAACCUCUCCAAUCGUCUCGCGGCCAUCUCCGCCUCGUCGCCGAAACGCUCACGUCUUCCGCAAGGACGUCCCCUCAAUCCUCCAGUUGCAAACGCAGCCGCUUCCCUUGCAGCUGCUGCUUUGCUCGAUUCUCGGCGUCCAUCGAACGCACAUUCCGCAAAUAUCGACCACGAGACAAUUUCUACGCCAACAUCCGCGACGUCGGCUGCCGCAAUUGCCGCCGCCGUCAGCUUAUUGACCCCAGAGGAGAAGUCCGCAGUGUCGAACCACGUAGCCAACCAGCUUGCGUAUUCGCGUCUCUCUUCGACGCCAUUGUCAACAAUAAUGAACAACCUCCCAGCAGAGGAGAAGAAGGAUUUGACAAAAGAUCACCUGCGAGCAAUCAUCGAGUCCACUGACUGCGUCGGCAUCAUCCCCCGGCAGGGCAAAGACGCCGCCGGGAAGCCUCUCGAGAGCGAGUACUACUACGUCCCCGAGAGAGACACGGACGAGCAUCGGCGACUUGCAGUAACAGACGGCUUGAGAAAGCCGAGCUUGCGCAACUGUAGAAAGCAACACAAGCAAUAUUACUGGAAGAAGCCACGGACCCCGUGA